CAGCUGUUCGCAGGACUUGGGCAAAGAAGUUUUGUGUAACUAUCUUUUGCAAAACAAUGGUUCUUCAAUAUCGCGGCGAACUAAUUCGACAAAUUUUAAGACGAUGCCAUCGUGCGGUUGCGGCAACCAAAACCAGCGCCGGCUUAACAAGUUUUCAUGGCGUCUGGCCACCAUCGGAGAAGAAAGACUUUGAGCAGGACAUGCGUAUUGUGCCAGAUUUCAUAAGCGAGGCCGAGGAGAAGCAGUUGCAUGAGGAAAUCGAGCCAUAUAUGAGCCGACUGCGCUAUGAGUUCGAUCACUGGGACGAUGCAAUUCAUGGAUUUCGGGAGACAGAGCGCAAGAAGUGGUAUCCCAAAAAUCGCGAGCUCUUGGAGCGUGUGCGUGAGGUGGCGUUCAAUGGCGCAAUCAUGCCCUACGUGCACAUUUUGGAUCUAGCCGCCGAUGGCGUCAUCAAGCCACAUGUGGACAGCGUCCGCUACUGCGGCAACACCAUCUCCGGCAUCAGUUUGCUCAGCGACAGUGUCAUGCGUCUUGUUCGCAUUGAUCCCCAGAAGUAUCAGCAAAAUGGUUCCAGUGAUAACGCCGAGGAUACUGCGUAUCGCCAGCAGCCAGCGGCGUUGCUAGAGAACAACUUCUAUGCGGAUCUCCUGCUGCCGCGUCGUUCGCUCUACAUAAUGAGCCACACAGCACGCUAUAAUUUCACACAUGAAAUCCUCGCCAACGAGCAUUCCAAGUUCCUUGGGAAUCCCGUUCCGAAAACACGGCGUAUUUCCAUUAUUUGCCGCAAUGAACCUUGAACGUCCAAUGUUAAAUUUAUAUUGUUGAUUUUAUAAAAGCUUAUA